CAAGCGCGUCUUCGCUCUCGCCCUCCGUUUUAAACUCGGAAAGACAAAGCCCCUCCAAUUGCAAUUUUCCUUCUCUUCUGUUCUCCUCUUCUUCUUCUCUGUAAAUACUCUUCCCUCUCUCUCUGUUUCUUAUUCUUCUUUUUUUUUGGUUUUUUUUUUGUUUGGUUUUCCGUCAUGGGAAUAGUAGAAGAUCAAGAUCAAGAUCAAGGCAUUCCAAGAGAACUCGAUUGGGAAAACCUGCUCGAAUCCAUUCCAGACUCUAUCGAUCUGUUCGCAGACUUUCUUGAUCUUCUCGCAGAGCCUUGCGUCGAAGAAUCCACCAAAGAAAGCUCGAAUCCAUCUCCGGUCCACGUUUCUUCGUGUAUUAAUGACGUGGAGCAGUUCCUACUCGAGGACAAUGAGGAAAUCGCAGAGAAUCGCGAUUUCUACAACGAUUUCUUCUCUGACAUUCUUCUCGAUGUGCCGUCCGAUGCUCGAUCCGAUGACGAUGUGGCUUUGAACGGCGAGAAUCCGAGUCAAGAAGCAAAUUCUGUUGAGGAGAAAGAGGAGAUGGAGAAGAGCGACUUCUCUGAAGAGAAAAUCGUUGCAGAAGACGAUCAGAUGAACAAGAAAAGGAAAAGACAGAUGAGAAAUAGGGACUCUGCAAUGAAAUCAAGGGAGAGAAAGAAGCUCUAUGUGAGAGAUCUGGAGUUGAAGAGCAGGUAUCUUGAAGCGGAAUGCAAGCGGCUUGAAUAUGCUCUCCGUUGCUGCGUUGCUGAGAAUCAGAUUCUCCACCAGCGCUUGCAUAAUGAAAAGGGCCUAGGUGUCUCUGUGACCAAACAGGAGUCUGCUGUGCUCACUAAGGAAUCCCUGCUGUUGGGUUCCCUGUUUUGGCUCAUGAGCAUCGUGUGCCUCUUCCUUCUGCCCGGCAUGAAACCAACAGUGUUGAUGGGAAAUGUGGGCAGCCUCGGAGGAAGCAACGGCCAGGAAAUCGUCGUCGAGGUACGACAAACAGGAAAUGAGAAGUCCUUAAGGUUAGGACUAGGGUUGGUUCAUAUGAGGAGGCGAUGCAAGGCAACAAGGACAAAGAUGAAGAGAUUAGGGCCUUGCUUGCACUCUGUUUUUGGUUGAGGUUUAUUCCUCACCAUUUCAGUCCAUCGUUUUUCCUAGCAGAGCAUGGAAACAGGUUUAGGCUAUGUAGAUUAUUUCUACUGCUUUCGUCCAUCCUUUUUAGUUUUUGUGUCUCCUUUUCUGCUAAUUCCUUAGUUUUGUUAGAACAUCUAUAAGGCUAUUUACUUCACUAGUAAAAUGCAUAUGCGAGUAUUAUCAUCA